AUGGCUUCCGCACGCACAUUCAUCGACAGCCACAUGUACAGCUGGGAAACUGAGUUCGAAGACCACACCAUCCAAGUGACCUCGGAGAGAGCGACGUUGGACGCCGCCCGCGGAGCCCAGACCCCGCCGACAGGCGCCACCAUCCCGAUCUUCUGUUUCGAGACCCCCGCCGAUCUCGCUGCGGGCAGCUGCCCGUGGGAGUUCGCCCAGCGCUUCCUCCAGCACGAGUGGCGCCUCCAGCACCAGAACCACACCUACCCGGCGGACAUGCUCUUCGCGGGGUCGGUGAGCUGCCUCUCGCUGCAGACUAUGCGGUUGUACUACGAGGAUUCUCCGCGUCAUCCCGGGGCGCCACUGCUCUGGAGCAAUGCAGGCCGGGUCGACUUCCCACUCGCAGGUGGGAGGAGGGCCGCUUCCGACCCCCUCUCUUUGGACCUCUCCUCUGUGUUCGUCAUUUUCUCUUUCAUGGGUUUCAUGAGUGACCUUCGGUCCGAGCGCCGUCGCAGAGACAGGGGGAAUCCGCAGCCCUGA